GUGUGUCCUCUUUGUCAUCAUACUAGCGGUGAACGUAAGUCUCGAUAUAUUUUUGAAGAUCUGCUAGGCAAGAAAUUUCUAUCCUAUAGACCAUCAUUUUUGAAUGGAAUGCAACUUGAUGAAUAUAACGAAGAGUUGCAACUAGGAUUCAAAUUUCAUGGCAGGCAACACUAUAGUCUUAAUUCAAUGUUUCAUAGGAGAGGCUAG